AUGAUUACCAUUUCCAAUAAAGAAAUGAAUCCUUGUAGGUUAUAUCUAUUAAAAACUGAUAAACUUAUUAUUAGAAAUAAAUAAGAAGAAGGAUUGACAUUUACAUUUAUUCAAUAAAAAAGCAAACAAUUGAAAUUAGAAGAAUAAUUUAAGUUUGAUUGUAAUGUUGGUAAUCAUUAUUUGAUCUGUGAAAAACUUAACCUAAAAGCUGAGGUUUAUGUUUUUAAAACUUAAUAUGAUAGAGAAAAAUAUUAAACAUAAGAAGAAGAAUUUAAAGCUACAAAAUCAGAAUAAUAAUAUGAUAGUGAUGAUAUUUCGAAUGAAAAUGAUGAAAUAAUGAGUGAAGAAAUAGGAAUCUUACCUUAAAGAAAAAAAAAAUUGCUAAGAUGGUCAACUAUAGAGACUUCCUCGACUUAUUAUUCUAAAAAAGAAAAUUAAUCAACAACUUCUGAUAUGAGUGAAUAAUUAUUACCAGAAAAAAGAGGAAAACGUAAGGGCUCUGAUCCAGUUAUAUAGAAAACAGAACUUAUUGUAAAACCUAAAAUCUAAAGAGGAACUAAUUAAAUUAAUAAUUUAUUAUAAAUUCAAUAAUAAGCAAAAAUGAAUUUAAAAAAAUAAAUAACAAUCUCAUAAGAAUAAUUAUCUUAACUUAAACGAAAUUGGAAUGCUUAAAAACUGAUUAAUGAAUAUCUUAUCAAUUAAUAUUCUUAUUAAUGA